UUUAGGGUGUUAGAACAACAAGACAAAGUAGAUGGAAAAAGAAAAGUCAACCAACUAAUCGUCUGAAUAGUCAAGUGGCUCCAUUAACAAAAUAUAACCCGAAAAGUAUUGAGCAGAUUUUUGUUGAUGGGUGCUUGUUGGAGCAGUAGGAUUAAGGCCGUGAGUCCUUCCAAUACAGGGUUCACUUCUAGAAGUGUUAGCAGAGAUGGCCAUGACAUCCAGUCAAGUAGCAGGAACUCAUCAGCUUCCAUACCCAUGACCCCUCGGAGCGAGGGAGAGAUCUUACAAUUUUCCAAUUUAAAAAGCUACAGCUACAAUGAGCUAAAAAUGGCCACAAAAAAUUUCUGCCCAGAUAGUGUCCUAGGAGAGGGUGGAUUUGGUUCAGUUUUCAAGGGCUGGAUUGAUGAACAUUCGCUUGCUGUUACCAGACCCGGAACAGGCAUGGUUAUUGCCGUGAAGAAACUUAACCAAGACAGUUUCCAGGGUCACAAGGAAUGGUUGGCUGAAAUCAACUAUCUUGGCCAACUGCAAAAUCCUAAUCUUGUGAAGUUGAUAGGCUACUGCUUAGAGGAUCAGCACCGGCUUCUAGUUUAUGAGUAUAUGCCCAAAGGCAGUGUGGAGAAUCAUCUGUUCAGAAGAGGAUCUCAUUUUCAGCAGCUUUCUUGGACUUUGAGAUUGAAAAUAUCCCUUGGGGCUGCAAGGGGUCUUGCUUUUCUCCAUAGCACAGAAACUAAAGUCAUAUACCGUGACUUUAAGACUUCCAAUAUCCUUCUUGAUACUAACUAUAAUGCCAAACUUUCUGAUUUUGGGCUGGCCAGAGAUGGACCAACUGGUGAUAAAAGCCAUGUUUCUACUAGGGUCAUGGGAACCCAUGGAUAUGCAGCACCAGAGUAUCUAGCAACAGGUCACCUCACUGCCAAGAGUGAUGUCUAUAGUUUUGGAGUAGUUCUUUUGGAAAUGUUAUCAGGAAGACGAGCCAUAGACAAGAACCGACCAUCUGGAGAGCAAUGCCUAGUUGAAUGGGCAAAGCCUUACCUUUCUAACAAACGCAGAGUUUUUCGUGUGAUGGAUAGUCGUCUUGAAGGACAGUAUUCCCUUACCCAAGCUCAAAGGGCAGCCACCCUUGCUUUUCAAUGUCUUUCUGUAGAGCCCAAAUACAGGCCAAAUAUGGAUGAGGUGGUGAAAGCAUUGGAGCAGCUACGCGAAUCAAAUGAUAAGGUGAAAAAUGGUGAUCAUAAAAAGUGUAGAGUUAGUGGCUCUGGCCUUGGCCACCCCAAUGGACUCCCUGCGUCUACCAGCAAAGGAAGUAUAGAUGCUGCUAAAAAGUUUAAUUAUCCUAGGCCCUCUGCUUCUCUCCUUUAUUCUUAAGUGAAGGAGUUUUGUGAUGAGGUGAGAAGAGUUAUGGAACUGCUAGCAGUUCUUAGGUUUGGUAUGAACCAUACUUAUUAAGCAAUGUAUAGUUUCAUUUUUUUUUCUUAUAUUUUGGCCUAAAUUUUGUCAUUGUAAUCCUGAUUGUUAACAUAGUGCCAUCUAAUCUGGAUCCUUAAGGUUUUUGUUACUCUUGAAUCCUGUAUAAAAGUGCAACGAGGGACCAACAAAGUUCAUCGCAAUGGUUUUUUAAA